AGUGGAGGGGACGGUCCAGACGCACAUCAUCCACGGCCCCUCCGGACUGGAGGGACUCGUGAGAGCCGAAGCCCAGAAAUCCGGGGGUGGAUAAGACACCGCAUCCCCUCCAAUUCCCGUAAGCACCCCUUGCUCCAUCCUGAGCCCAAAUACCUCAGCUAGCCCGUGUCCCCCUACUCUUCACACUCCAAACUCAGCCGGGACAGACCUCUGCCGCCGCCGCUUCCCACGUGAGUCCUGGACUCGCCGAGCCGGCUGGAAAAGCUCAGAGGUCCUGUCCCCCUUUCCUCUGAGAGACUCUAUUUGGUGACCACAAGAGGAUUCAGUCACUCAGGUGAAAGCUUCCAGAGGAGCUCUGGACCGACAGCUGGAGGCCAACAAUCCCUACAGGUGGUGCUCAGGGUGAUGUACUGACAAUGAGCGGGUGUUUUCCAGUUGCUGGCCUCCGAUGCCUGUCUAGGGUCUUCGAUGUGCCAGCAUCUCUGGCCGUGGCCCGCUAACCUGCCUCUCCCGGGCCGGCUCCUGCCGCGCCCCCUCUCGCUUGCUCCCUCCUCCUCCUGCUCCUCUCCCCCCUGCUCCCAGGACGGCGGGAUGGCUGCGCAGGGCUCGCCGCGCUUCCUUCUGACCUUCGACUUUGAUGAGACUAUCGUGGACGAAAACAGCGACGACUCGAUCGUGCGCGCGGCGCCGGGCCAGCGGCUCCCGGAGAGCCUGCGUGCCACCUACCGCGAGGGCUUCUACAAUGAGUACAUGCAGCGCGUCUUCCAGUACCUGGGCGACCAGGGCGUGCGGCCGCGAGACCUGCGCGUGGUCUACGAGUCCAUCCCGCUGUCGCCCGGCAUGGGCGAACUGCUGCAGUUUGUGGCCAAGCAGGGUUCCUGCUUUGAGGUUAUUCUCAUCUCAGACGCCAACACCUUUGGCGUGGAGAGCGCGCUGCGCGCCGCCGGCCACCAAGGCCUGUUCCGCCGCAUCUUCAGCAACCCUUCCGGGCCCGACGCUCGGGGGCUGCUGGCGCUGCGGCCCUUCCACUCACACAGCUGCGCGCGCUGCCCCGCCAACAUGUGCAAGCACAAGGUGCUCAGCGACUACCUGCGCGAGCGGGCCCACGACGGCGUGCACUUCGAGCGCCUUUUCUACGUGGGCGACGGCGCCAACGACUUCUGUCCCAUGGGGCUGCUGGCCGGUGGCGAUGUGGCCUUCCCUCGCCGCGGCUACCCCAUGCACCGCCUUAUCCAGGAGGCACAGAAGGCUGAGCCCAGCUCCUUCCGCGCCAGCGUGGUACCCUGGGAAAAUGCCACCGAAGUGCGCCUCCAUCUGCAACAGGUGCUGAAGACGUGCUGAGGACGCGGCCUGCAGGGGGCGCCCGGCGGGAAGGGGGCCAGGGGGCUG